GAAGCUAACUUUUUUAGUGGACAUUAGCAGUGGCUUUUCAGCUCUCUGUCUCUCCAUCCUCUGUGAGAUUACACCCCACACCACUCCACCCCACCUACACGUAGAAAUGAAAAUAAAAGGAAAAGAAAAAUUAAGGGCAUGCAUGAUAUUUUACUCUCUUUUUGUGCUUUUAUAUUUAUCUUUACUGUUAGUGGGCUAGUCCUUAUUAUUUUUCCCCAUCUACACUACUUUUCCUGAUUCUCUGAGAAGGAGACAACUCUGAGUACUUGUUUUCAAGUCAUAUUGUGGCUUUUCUUUAGUAGUGGUGCUUUUGCAUUUUUAUUUUUUUGGAGGAUAUCUGGUGUGAAAUGGCCAAAUGCGCGGGCCUGUCUUCGGAUGAGCUUUUGAGAUCAAAAGAUUGGAGAAAAUGAUUGAUUUUGCUAGCAGUUUGUUGAGUUUUUCUUUUGCUUCACUUCUUGAGAUCUAAAGGCAGUGUAUUAAUCGAUGAUACUGGAGUGACUAAUGGAGUUGGACUUCGACAAGUAUUGUGUUGUAGAAGGAAGUCCCACAACAGUCCUACAGGCUCCUAGACCUCAGUCGAAAGUGGGAAAUAGAAAAUCAAAUGGAAAUCUCAAAUGUGGAAAUGAUAUACGGACUAUCAACGAAAACUUUGCUGAGAUUAGCUUUAAUCGCUACCGUAGUGCAUCUUGUAGAGAUGUUCCACGUACAAGCGCCAAACGAGAAGGUAAUGAGGUGCUGAGGAGGGGUUCGGUUUAUCAAAGUUCUAGGGAAGUGAGGCUGAAGAAAAAAAUAGUUCCUGUAGAGGGAAGGAAAAAAAUUGAGCUCUCGCGAGGGAGUGCACCUAUAUUGCCAUUUGGAAUUAUUGAUUCCUUGUGUAGCUCAGAUGAAGAUAGUUUACCAGUUGACCGGAAAAGGUCCUCAGUAAUGUCGCUAAACUCAGAUCAAAGUACAGCAUCUGUUAGCAAUCCCUGUAUAGAGUUGAGUUCUCGGAAUUAUUUAAAUCAUUCUUUCCGUCCUUGUCCAGGAAAAAGUUUCCCACCAAAUGUUUCUUCUUUAUGUUUGGAUUAUGGAGAAAACCAAUCUGUUGUUGAUGCAAAUAGCCAGCCGGUUCAGGAUCCCAAGACCACUUGUGAACCCGUGACUGGUCCUGUAAAUGAUGGAAACAUCUUACGGUAUAGAGAUCAAGAUGUCAUUUAUCACAAGUCAUUAUCAGAAAAAUUGGCUUUAUCGCAUUUUCCUUCUCGAUCAGAGAGUGAUAGCUCGAGGGCCAGCAGUCCAAAAGUCCGGUUUAGUCCUGUUAGAAAGUUGUUCGAUCCAUUUGUUAAAGCCAAGUCUCAGAGAAGUCCGUUGAGUUCUGCUAAUGAAGCUGGCCAGGAAACAUUAACUGGGAUAAAACCUAACAAAAUAUUGCUUGAAUCCCUGCCGCAAGAUUUAGCUGAAAUACCAAACGAUUUGGAAUGCAAUUCUUGGUGUCAAGAGAAAGAGAACUGUUCUUCAGUUUUGCAGUGUUCUCCAGCCCACCUACAUGGCGUUCUCAAGUUGGAAAAUAAACACGGAGUGCCAUUUUUUAAGUUUUCAGUUAAGUCACCGGAAGAUGUUUAUGUGGCAAAGACAUGGAAACCAGAUAAUGCUUUAACUUCGGUCUACACCUUCCAUUCACUUCACCAUAGAAGAAAGAAUAAUGCUAGUGGGUGGGGAUUGAGAAAUGACAACAAGGAAUCGUCUGUGGUGGGACAGAUGCAAGUUUCAUGUUAUCUAUGUACCGAAUUAAAAGGUGCUGGUUCUUUUGACAACUCUAUGGUGACAGAAUUCGUGUUGUAUGACAUCGCACAUCCAACGAAAAGUAUUUCCUCUCAAGAUAAUUCCAAUUCAUCCCUUGAUGUUGCUAAAGCAGCCCGGGUUUCUGAUGAAAUUUUGUAUUGUGGUAAUCCUGAACUGGAUGAGGUCUCUACUAGGAAGAAGACUAAACUUCAACUUAAGCAUUCUCGUGACAGUGGUCACUUCAACUCAUCAACUCCACUUCCUCUGCUGGCAGCAGAAUUGCAUCCGGAGCUUGAAAUUGCAGCUAUAAUUAUGCAAAUUCCUUUUGCGAAGAGAGAGAGUCUGAAAUUUAAGAGUCGGGAUCGAGAGAAUGAUAAGCUGAUUUCUCAGUUGCUUGUUGCUGGUGGGCUCAAGCAGCGAAAGGCAGGUAUUUCUGAUUCUGCGAGUCCUGGAAAAAUGCACGUUGUGAUUCCAUCUGGAAACCACAGUUUGCCAAGUUGUGAAAGUCGAGGCCCUUCUCCAUUACUAGAUAGAUGGAGGUUAGGUGGAGGAUGCGAUUGUGGUGGCUGGGACAUGGCAUGCCCUCUUAAUAUUUUCGACAAUCCAAAUAUUCAAAUUACUGAAGACCAUCCCCCGGUGGACAAUCAGCAUCCAUUGGAACUUUUUGUUCAGGUAAUCGCCCUCAAUCACGCGUUUCAUGAUCAUUCAUUAUCUGAUGGCAACUUUACUUUAGUCUCUCAUGUUGAAGACAUAAUAAAUAAGUUUUCCCCCUCUGUAACAGCUCAAUCUUUUAGACGAGGUUGUUCGACAUGCUAUCAGAGCAGUCUCGCGCCCAUUUAUGAAAAUUUGCACAUGUAACAUCUUUAAUGAGAAAAUGAAUCUCAAGGGGCGUGUCCAGGACAUAAUUUUGAAUUAAUUGAUUUGUCACCUUUUUAACAACUUGAGCUUUUAGAUGAGGUGACUCAAGCACCGAGUUAACAUGGAUGCUUGGUGAACGGAAGGCCGAUUACCAGCUUAUGAAUGUUAAUGAAUGAUAAUGUGAUUUUAUUUCAUGUGCAGUUGGUAGGUAUCAGCUUCUUAAUCUAUGCAGUUUUUGGGAUCUAAAAAAUUGGAAAGCCGUACAUUAAUUGAUGUUGCCUGUUUUCUCUUUUAGUCUUGAAAAGAUGUUUAACAUCAUUGCUGAAAGACAAACUCUCUGCAAUUUACAUUUAACUCAAUAAUUCUCACUUAUGGAGUCUUUUGGAAAUUCUCAAAGCCAUAAAGUACCAUGAAGAAGAUGAACAGGAACUUAGAUACCAAAUAUUGGAAAUUUGUUCAAAAUGUAACUGCUGCCUUGUCUUUACUCGUGUCUUAAUAAAUUUUCGACAUCUGUCUGUGUACAGGGUCGAAAAGAGAAUACACCGGCAUUGACCAUGAAGGCAACUGAAGAUGGAGACUACGCCAUUGAUUUUCACGCUCAGUUAUCUUCGUUACAAGCGUUCUCCAUCUGUGUUGCUAUUUUGCAUACAGCAGAAGUCUCCACCUCCUCCGGGAAGGAGAGAAACAAACAAGCGUUGCAAUGCGAUUCCACGAGGGUGUUCGCCGAGGAGGAAAUCAAAGGUUUGAUGGAUGCAAUAGCAGACGACGAGAAAUGCGAAGUUAACAAGAAAAUGGAAGAAGUUUUGCCAUCUUUUGUACUCGAUCCACCCUUCUCUCCAAUUGCUCGAGUAUAGUAGCUCAUUGAGCAAGUCGAGAUCAACGCUAAAUUCAGGCAAGUUCUUUACCAGGGCUGCUUUAAAUACAGGGAUCGUUGCGUUGGAGACGGGAAAACUAUUUUUUUCUUGGUAUAUUCAGUGUGUGUGUGUGGGUUUUUUUUUUUUUUUUUUUACUACCAAAAAUUUGAAUAAAAACUAUACUGCUUAUAUAGUUAGGUUGAUAGGGACUAGGGAGGGAAUAGUGGCCAGUUAAUUAGUAAGAAGUACUAGGUUCUUCCAGGUAUUUUGUAAUGUAAUUUAUGUUAGCGUUUGUAAAAUGCUGUUGAUAAUAAUUUAGGGAAAUCUGAAUAUGUUAAUGAACUCUAA